AUGUCAAUGUUCGGAGGCAUUGAUGGCGGUUUCGCCGGUCUGAAUCACUUCAUGCAGAAUGGUGUGGAUCCAAGGUUCCCAAGGCCACCACGAGCCUACGAUGAAUACUUCAAAGCAUACAGCAUGGCCAUGUUGCCCAGCAAAGAACGUCUCAAUGUCAGCUAUGGAGGCAAGAUCAUCAUGCCGCCAUCCGCUCUAGCACACCUUACCAACCUCGAGAUCGAGUCACCGUGGUUCUUCGAGCUCCGCAGCGCAGGCGUCUCAGAGGUGCGCCGAACACAUGCUGGUGUGCUCGAGUUCAUUGCGGACGAAGGCAAUGUCCAUCUCCCUGCUUGGAUGAUGCGCACGCUCGGACUCUCGGAAGGUGACCCCAUCCGCUUGACGGGUACCACACUACCAAAAGGCAAGAUGGUCAAGAUCCAGCCACAGACGGUCGACUUUCUCGAGAUCAGCGAUCCAAAAGCUGUGCUCGAACAAGCUUUUCGCAACUUCUCCUCACUGACACCUGGCGACAUUGUCGAGAUCAGCUACAAUUGCUUGACUUUCGAGAUCCUCAUCAUGGAGAUCACACCCAAUGCCGAUGGUAUCUCCAUCAUCGAGACCGAUCUUGAGGUCGACUUCGCUCCGCCAAAAGGCUACGUCGAGCCAACCCCACAGCCACGCCCGCCACCGCCGACCAUGGCCUCCAAACUUAACAUCGACAACUCGCGCGUCGACUCAAUUCCACCAACACGAACUUCGACACCGGGUUCGCUCGCAGGUACAAGUGCAGCAGGUGGAUCUGGUGUUGCAACACCGUCCGGUCCCUUCCGUGGUUCCGGCCAGACCUUGAGUGGCAGGAAGAGCAAAGGAAAGAAGGAGAGGCAAAUCGAGCAGCUUGACCCUUUCAGUAUGGUCCGACGCACCGAUAUGCCACGCAUCAUCACCAACGACACGCAGCUUACAGAAAAGAAGAUUCCAGCUGCGCUCAAUCUGCCUUUUGGCAAGCUCUUCUUCGGCUACGAAGUGAUCCCAGUUGGUGGCAAACUGAAUGAAGACGCCAAGGAGAAAUUAACAGAGACAUUUGGAGGUUCAGGUACCACUCUUUCGGGUCGAGCGCCGCGCACAAAGGCACAGGAAACAAAGCCUGACAAGCCGAAUAGCGAAACACCGUCUGCCUUCACACUGGGCGGAGGUCGAGUCUUGGGUGAGAGCUCACGAAGCAGCCGCUAUGCAACACCGUCAAGCUCGGAUGAGCACAGUCUCAAUGACUUGAAGCGCGAUGUCAUCGAGAUCGAUUCUGAUUGA